GCGACAAGCGCUGACAGGUCAUUGAAGCGCAAACUUACAUCAAUCCUUGUGGGUAAGUAAAAAUAAAAAACAUGUCGGACACGAAAACCAAUCUGCUAACGAGCACAUCAACAACACGAAUCGGCUAUCAAUACCGGAUUUAAUGCUACCAAUUUGCGUCAACUUUCCUGAAAGUUGCCAAUAAAAAGAGAAGACAAAGGAGAAGACCUCGAACCAGCUAUCGGCGAUGUACCAGAAACCAAUAGCUCGAACAUUUCCCCUAAUUGUAUAACAGAGCAGGCUAAUUUAUUGUCCCAACUAUUAAAUGUUCCCGCCCAAGCUCCUGCCGUGCUGCUCCAGUAUUUUAUGGCCGAAGCUUGGUAAAAAAAGGAGAGGCCAGGAUGUGUGCAAGGAAAUGAAAACCACGGCUACCGAAGGUGUUGGAAUGAAAGUCUUUACAUGCGACUUCAAGUCGAAAAAAUCCAUUCGUGGACCUCUCAAGUCAUAAGCAUUAACUUUUACGAACUCCACGUUAGCCAGAAGAAAAGCACUCCAGCUGAGAGGAAAGUAUUCUGGAAUAUAUUUCUUAUAACUAUUAAAGGAAAUACGAGACUUACGCAAUGCCUGCUGAGUUACUUUCCAAAGAGUGACUACUGUCCAGAUCAUGUGGAAAUAUUUGAAAACACCAUGCGGGUUCUGGCCAAGAAAAAACACCUUAAAAGCUUAACCCUUCGAAUGCUUGGUUACACGGCAGGAAGUCUGGAAAACUUUCAAAGCCUGCGGAGCCUUAGCCUGUAUGUGACAAUGGAAGCCGAUGAUUUGACGGAAUGUGUGAAAUCCAAUCCGAACCUUAUCGAACUUGCAUUCACAAGCACAGAUAUGCACGGCAGACUGGCAGAUAUAACACCAUACUGCAGAAAUCUAGAAACACUGGAAAUUCAAAUGAAACCAGAAACGGAUGCCAGCGAGUACGCACCCCUGGCCAAAUUACCAAAGUUAAAGACGUUUAUAAUUUUCGGAAGCCCAGAGGAGGGAUCACUAAGAGCGCUGUUUAAAUCAAUGGUGAUGAAUCCUUCAACUGAUUUGCAGGCACUGUCAAUUCAGCAGGCAAAGCUAGGAUCAGAGGAAGUCGAGCAAUUAUCCAAAGUAGGCCAUUUACACCGACUAAGGUGCGAGUUAAAGCCCACACGGUCAUCAGAAGGUCCUACUCCAUUUAAACUGCCAAACAUCUUUGCCAUCGACUUGAAAACAGUGACGUCGAAUGACAUUAAGUUUGACUAUAACAGCAUUGAUAUAUUGACAAGUAGGGGUUAUAUUGGAAUAGCCAUCAAUCAAGAAUUGGAAAGAAGCAUUAUAUUGAGAUUGAAUGAUUGGCAUUGCAAAAAGGAACUUAACCCAAUGCUGGUCGAAAAACAAAAGCUUAUUCAGACCCUAUCGCAAAUCAAAACAAUAAAUACUACUGAUCGAGUUGCAAAAAUAGCAGCUAUUUCUUUGCUCGAAUCCUUCCAAUCAGAGUUUCCAGCUAUUUUACCAUUGAAGAUCAACUAA